AUGUCGAUUCAACAAGGGAGGGACAAGGUGUCGGCAGGGCUGGAGACGGAGGAGUCGUCGGGUCCGAGCAAGGCCCGGAAGGCGUGCGUCAACUGCAGGAAGCAAAAGAUGAAGUGCAGGAUCGAGAACGGAUCCACGUGCCGAAGAUGCUUACGAGCAGGAGUUCCCUGCGUCUUUGUUCCUCGAGCCAACUCGGCAUCCCAUCGUGAAAGCAUCUCGCUUGCAUCCCUCCUCCAGGCAAACGAGCAGAGUCCCUUGCUGAAAAGGUCCGUCUUCCUCCGCCUGAAACGGCUCGAGGAACACUUGGGGCUGCCGCCGCUUGACGACGCUGAAGAGGCCGAGUCGCCCGCAUCCCCGGACUUGAUGACGCUCGAGCCCGAGACGCCCGGGGACAGCUCACUCGGCGCCCUGUGGAACGCGGUCGCCAUCCUCAGGAGAAGCUGCGCUUCCAACAUCAGCUCAAACAUCUGGGAUAAACCCCUGAUCAAGCGGCUAUGGCUCUCCUUCCACGAGACCAUGCCGGGGCUACACUUUCUACCGACGAAACAGACCUUCUCCUCGCCGCGGCCGCUGAUGUUGGCCUCCAUGCUCUACUGCUCGAGCAUCCGCGGCCCGCCCGAGGUCGCCGUCUUGGCGCCGGACUACUUCGCCGUCCUGUGCGCCGCCAUUUCCCAGCUGUGCAUGCCGCAGAGCGAGGUCGGCCGGGCGCCCGAGGACCAGGCCUCCGCGGAAGAGUGGGCGUUCCAGACGGUGCUGGGCAUCAUCCUCGCCGGCCUGCUCAGGGAGGCCGUCGUGAGGGAGACGGGGGUUUGGAUAUCUCUCGCGUACCGUCUCAUCCUGGAACACUGCCCGUCCAAUACCGAUGAGCGGUCUCGCGAGUGGCGACGCCUGUUCUCCGGUCUGCAGAUCGUGGAUCUCGAACACGCGUCGAUCCACCUCUCGUGUCCCGUCAUCCCCAUCGAAGCACCCCUGCCGAGGCUGAAGAUCCCGAUGCAGGACCAGCUCUACCGGCUGUCGAGGAUGAUGCACACCGGCCUGACGCACUUCACGGGCCGAGGUCUCCCGACGAUCUGGUCGUGCUUCGAAGGCGAGCCCAGCGUCGUCGCCCAGAUGUCCUCCGUCUCCUUCAGCGGCGUCGAUGGCGCCGUCAUCCGCGACUGGGCGCGGCAGCUGGACGACUGGCUUGUCGAGUUCAGCGACAAGGACUUCGAUUCGGAGCACGAGAAGAAGCUCGUGUUCCGCCAGUACAUCCUGCACCGGCUCUUGGUCCUGUCCAUAUACCACCCGGCCAGGGGCUGCAAUCUCUUCUCCAACACGACGCCCAAGGAGCAGCACGAGCUGCUCGUCUCGGCGCGGGCGGCUGUCAAGCUCCAGAUGUGCGACUCGUCCAUCUGGUCCAACUGGGACCUGGUCAUGAUCACGUGGGCUGCUCUCAUCGUACUCCAGGGGGUUGAUGGAGGCGUCGGAGAACCUGAUGAUUUGGAGAACGUAAAUAUCCAUCUGCAAAAGUUGAAGGAGAUGCAUGAGCCGAAACCAAGCCUCAGAGGGAUUCUAGCCUCGCGGCUUGAUCAGAAGCUUCAGGGACUCCACACGCCCGCGUCCGGAGACGCCGAAGGCUUUGAGCAAGAAAUACGCAACCUGGACAACUCAUGGUACAUCUUUGAUCAAGCCAGCCUCCAGGCCGGAUACAACCUCUGGUCGUAUGAGACUCAGGGAGGCUAA